CAAACUUGUGUUACAAUCUACAAACACCAUCCAUGGCAGUAACAGGAACUGGAACUGCUACCUUCUCUUCUUCAUCACUAUCAACAGUAUAUGCAUUACAAAACCGACAUGCAUCACAACACACAACCUUUCUAGAUGUUCCAAUAUGUCACAGAAUGUUCCUAACUAAGACAAAACCACAGCAUAGGUUUGUAGUGGUAGCAGUAACCAAAGGCUCAGCAGAAUCAAGUAAAUCCGAUGAAAAAAUUCCUUCAUGGGCUAAGCCUGAUUCCGAUGAACCUCCUCCAUGGGCCAAAAACGAAGCCCAAAACAAAACCGGUUCUUCUGGAUUUGAGAUUCCAUUUUAUGCUUAUUUACUUGCUUCUGCUAUCACUGCAAUUGCCGCUAUAGGUUCUAUUUUUGAGUAUGUGAAUCAAAAGCCAGUGUUUGGUGUUUUGGGAUCUGAUAGCAUAUUCUAUGCUCCUUUGCUUGGUUUUUUCGCCCUCACUGGUGUUCCUACUUCGGCCUUCCUGUGGUUCAAGUCCGUUCAAACUGCCAACAAGGAAGCCGAAGAACAAGACAAGAGGGAUGGCUAUUUAUGAUUAUAAUUAUCAGAGUACAGUACAGCUUUGUGUCCAGCUUUAUCCAUUUUUUCUUUCCACAACCCCAUCCCAAGGUUCCUUCUCCCCUUUUAGACACCUUUUUUGUUGCACUGUCCACAAAGAACUUGCACAUAAUGCUAUAUUGUAAGUCAAGAGUCCAUUGUGAAUAUUCAUGUUUUUAUAUUAAUGAAUAUCAAUGAUUAACUCAA